AUGCCCAGAUUGAUUGAAGAUAGAAUAGAAAAUUCGUCAAAGGAAAAUUCAUCAAAUAUAACAUUUAUAUCAAAUACGAGAGAAGAUGAUAAUUUAAUAAAUUCCGUACGGCCAAAUGUUUGCACGCCAUAUUUUUGGCCACCUUUUCCCGCCUUUUUUCUUCCUUAUUCACCAUUAAAUACGAAAACUCAUCCUUUUAUUUUUUCAAAUAGAAGAGAUAGAUAUAGCGAACCAUGUUGCAGUCCAGUAAAAACAAAAAAUGAUUUAUGUAUAAGAACAAGAAAAAAAUCAAAUACGAUUUGGUCUCCUGCAAGCCUUUGUGAAAAUGAAAGAACGAGGAGUCCUCAUAGUGAAAAUAAUACAAAUGAAGAUGGAUCUUUAAGUCAAAGUUCUGAAAAUUGGAAUUCUGAAAUUUUUUCUCUAUCACCAAUUCAAACAUCAUCGAUUGAUAGAUCGUUUCAGUGUAAACAAUGUGGAAAAUCAUUUAAAAGAUCUUCGACAUUAUCAACACAUUUACUCAUUCAUUCCGAUACUAGGCCAUAUCCGUGUCAUUUUUGUGGUAAAAGAUUUCAUCAAAAAUCCGAUAUGAAAAAACAUACCUACAUUCAUACAGGUGAAAAACCACAUAAAUGCGUUGUUUGUUCAAAAGCAUUCAGUCAAUCAUCGAAUUUAAUAACUCACAUGCGUAAACAUACAGGUUUCAAACCUUUUUCCUGUAAACUUUGUGAAAAAUCAUUUCAAAGAAAAGUCGAUUUAAGAAGGCAUCAAGAAACACAACAUUCUCAAACCAAAGAUUUAUAA